AUGACCCCACUCCGCAAGGACACCCCGGCCAACGACAUCAUCAAGCAGCUCUACGAAAACUUGUGGAGCUUGGAUGCCAAGCUUAUCGUGACCGUCAACGCACAGCUGUCCCUUGUGGUUCACCCGACGGUGUGGGAGGGCUCGUCGUCAGAGGUGCAGCUUCGCCUUGUUAGGGACACUCUGGACCAACUGGCUGAGACUAUCACGGAUGGCCUGGUGUGA